AGGUGGCAACUGUAUAUAUGUGUGUGUGUGAUAUAUGUGGGUAUAAUCCAGGUUGGUACAGACUAGUUCUAAAAAUGAAAUGAACCAUCUUUGGGGGUAUCUGGUUUCUCAGAUUAUCCAUCACCACAGGAUGUGCUUGCUUUAGGAUCACCACAUUUUCAACUGGCUCUCCUCCUCUGCAUUUUAAGCUCAUUAUCAAGAAUUGCCCUCUGGAGAUUGCUCUGUAUUCCUUGGACAUGUAGGCUGCUUCAGCCCGGCUGUCAUAAUCUGUGGAUAUCCAGUUUUGAAUCUGAACUGAAGAUAGAAAGAAAUUCUAAAUGGGAUCACAGGAACCAGGCAGUGAAAUCAGAAGGAAAACUAAGUAUGGUGCCACCAGUUCACCAGAACCAAAUCAUCACCAAGAGGCCCAAGACCAAACCUACUUGGAUGAAAGGAUUCCCAUUCCAGAUGUUGCAGGAUAUGGUUUCAGUUUUAGGAAGCUCUGGGCAUUCACCGGGCCUGGCUUCCUCAUGAGCAUUGCCUUCCUGGAUCCAGGAAACAUUGAGUCAGACCUACAGUGCGGAGCUAUUGCUGGCUUUCAGCUUCUCUGGGUCCUGCUCUGGGCCACAGUCCUGGGUUUGCUCUGCCAAAGACUGGCCAUCCGGCUUGGGGUAGUAACGGGCAAAGACUUGGGAGAGAUAUGCCAUUUCUACUACCCCAAGGUCCCACGUGUGUUGCUCUGGAUCAUGAUAGAAAUUGCCAUCAUUGGCUCCGACAUGCAGGAAGUGAUUGGCACAGCAAUUGCCUUCAACCUUCUGUCAGCCGGACGUAUCCCUUUGUGGGGUGGAGUCUUGAUCACAAUUGUGGAUACUUUCUUCUUCCUCUUCUUAGAUAAAUAUGGUCUCAGGAAACUGGAAGCCUUUUUUGGUCUCCUCAUCACAAUUAUGGCACUGACGUUUGGCUAUGAGUAUGUGGUCGUGCACCCUAAUCAGGCAAAUGUGCUGAGGGGGAUGUUUGUCCCCUAUUGCAAGGGUUGUGGACAUAAGGAACUUCUACAGGCUGUGGGUCUCGUCGGAGCCAUCAUCAUGCCCCAUAAUAUCUACCUGCACUCUUCCCUUGUCAAGACCCGAGAUGUUGAUCGCACUGACAAGAAGGCAGUGAAAGAGGCCAACAUGUACUUCCUGGUUGAGUCGACCAUCGCACUCUUUGUCUCCUUUCUCAUAAACCUCUUUGUUAUGGCUGUGUUUGGACAGGCCUUUUAUCAUCAAACAAACAAGGAAGUGCAUAACAUCUGUGCCAACGCCAGCAUUUUCUCCAACAGCAGCAUUUUCCCCAAGUUUCCUGACAAUAAUGAAACUGUCUCCGUGGACAUCUUCCAGGGGGGACUCAUCCUAGGGUGCUACUUUGGGGCUGUUGCUCUCUACAUUUGGGCCAUUGGGAUCCUUGCUGCAGGCCAAAGUUCUACCAUGACGGGGACAUAUGCAGGACAGUUUGUUAUGGAGGGCUUCUUAAAGCUACGCUGGUCUCGCUUUGCCCGUGUGGUCUUCACUCGUGCCUUCGCCAUCCUUCCCACAGUCCUUGUUGCUACUUUCAGAAAUGUAGAAGCUUUGACAGGCCUGAAUGACAUUCUCAAUGUGCUGCAGAGUAUCCUGCUCCCUUUUGCUGUCAUACCUGUUCUCACCUUCACCAGCAUGCAGCCUCUCAUGCAGGACUUUGUCAAUGGGAUCAUUAGCAAGAUUAUAAUGAUCCUGAUCACUGGACUGAUCUGUGCAAUCAACCUCUACUUUGUGGUGACAGCUAUAAUGAGCCUGGACCAUCUGGCAUACUACAUCGUCAUAUCGUUUGGGCUAGCUGCCUAUGUGGCCUUCGUCAGCUACCUGAUCUGGACUUGUGUCAUCUCACAUGGAGCUUACUCCCUGGCCCGUGGACCCCACACUCGAUUUGGUUAUGGGCUGCAAUGAUAAAGCAUUCCUCACAUGUCUGUCAGAGCCUGUUGAAUCCUCCUGCUCGUCACCAUCCAAGACAGGAAGCAGCUGCCCCAGGACUGCCAAGAGACAGAGGUCCCAGAGCCUCUGGUUUCCAUGGGCAAAAAAUGGACCUAAACAUUGGUGCUAUCACUCUGUGGCAGAGCAAAUGCUUUGCAUGAAGAAGGUUCCAAGAUUAAUCUCUGGUAACCUCCAAAGAGUGUUCAGCUUCUGUGAACGGCGGUAGGCAGUCAUCUCCACAGCUGGGUCUGGACUUGGCAGACCAUUGUUCAGAUUUCGUACAAAGUGGCUGUAUAUCUUAGCUGGAAUAAACUCUGUUAGAAAGAAAGAGUGACUAAGAAGCUCUUCUGGGUGCUCCAUUCAACACCACCAAGCUUCACAUAGGGGCAGGAGCAGCCAGUGAGAAUGGGUGGUGCUGCGGAGCUGGCCUCCUGGUAGCGGCAUCGCUGCUGCUUACUGAGGCAGUGCAGGAGUCCAGGGGGUGACAAAGUCAGGCUCUGCAGGUGUGCCCGCACUGCCCCCAACCUCACUGCCAUCCCACUCCACUCCUGCAUUGUCUUAGUAAACUGCAGUAAUGCCACUGUUAGGAAGCUGGCUCCGUGGCACUGCCCCACCCUGACGGGUGCUCCUGCACAGUAGCCUAUGCAACUUUCUUUGAAGGAGUGCUUGAUACAUCCACAUUCCCCCCCCUUUGCAGGAUUUGAGGUUUCUUAUCUCUUCACCAGUGGUGGCCGGUGGCUGCAUGUCAGUGGGGCAGUAGAAUCCACUCCAGGUUUUAGGGUAAACUUUCAAGGAGCUAAAAGUUUAGACUUUCAAAGAGCUAAAACCUUAGCCUAAACUUUCCUAGAAAGUUUAGACUAAAACCCAGAGUGUAUUCCAUUACCCCACUGACAUAGUUGGUUUGGAACUCCUUAUCCUUCUUGGAGGGAAGAUUCUAGCACACUUUUCAUUAAUUGUGUCCUGACACCACAGCAAUGGGCAUUUCUUCACCUUAUAAUCAUUGGUUGUCAAGUGGAAGGGAAACACAUAAUGAUAUUUCCAAAAGGGCUGCUGUGUUAAGUCUGUUGUAGCAAGCAAAAACAGUCUUGGUGACACUUUCUUCCUUUGCAUCUGAUCAUCUUCUGCAAGAGAGUAGAAUGUUGGCACCUACAGUUGCCAGCGUUUAUACUUACUGCUCCUGUGCCUCUAACAGAGCUUUAUGUGCAGACACUAUCAGGUGGUAAAUUUUAUAUCUGUGCUUCAAAGAACUUUUACUUGCUGAUUUUGACUAACAGAGGCAUAAGAGCCAAGUACAUGGGGGAGGGAUUCUACUCAGAUGGCAACCUUCCCGACUCCUUUUGAAGGCAACUGUCAUUCUCUGGAAGGUUGAUCUAUAUCAGCCUUCUUCCGACUUCCGGGAAGGGUGACUUCGCUUGUGCCUGCUUUUGGGACGGGCUCCCGCCUCAAAAGAAGCUUAUUCAGAUAUAAAUCAGUCAGAACAUUUUUUUUUUGACUGAUGAAAUUUCUCCCGGGCAGGGAGAAACGUAGAGAUCAACCUCAAAAGCCUGUUUUUGUUGGGAGGACUGGAUUUCAUUAAUUUAUGAGAUAAGGUCCAGCCAACAAUGCCGGACGGACUUCCUAACAAGCUCUAUCUGCUUAAGCGAUACGUUUAUCUUUUCUUUAAAGAGAGAACGGACUAACAGGCAAGCACCCUUCUUUCUAUUAUUUUUUUUACUUGGUUUAAAUU